UAAAAUGUUUUAAAUCGCAGUUAAAUACAUACAGUCGUAUGAAACAUGCCAGCAAAAUCAGAGUUGCUAAAUUUCGGGAGAUUGAUCCACACGGCCCAACCAUUUUGUCGUCGUGCCGCAACUGGGAAGCCUCGAGCUGGGAGAAAUGCUGCUAACACCUUCACCGAGUCAACCGCGACGACUGCGUCUGCAAGCGAGCGGAAUGCACUCAAUGCAGCAACUGCCAGCAGAAGUGUUGGCGAAUGCGAGCAGCUCAUCGCGUCUCUAAGAGCCUCCGUCGUGACGGGCUCGCGCGUCUCCUUUGGUGUUUGCCGUCUGCCGGACGAGGCGUUUACGCUGUAUUAUGGAAAACCUGGACUGGAUAAUAUCGCCAGGCGGAUUUCCCUGCACAAGCCGGCCGCCGCCGAGCUGGCGCAGCUGGCCCGCGCCUGUGAUCCCGCCUCCAUCGGACGGCUCGCCGACAACAUCCUGGACGUGUCUUCCCGCACAACGGGCCAGCUGGGCGUGGACGCCUUCGCCAGUAAAUUGGACGUGGAGCGAGCGGGACUGCUGCGGCGUAUUAGCAUGGACCUGCUGCCGGAACAGCAGCGCAACCAGACCAUCACAGCGCAACUAUGCAAAAUGAAUGUCUACAGUCAAAGCGACUGCGGGUAUCCUCAUGGGGAUUCACCGCUGAUGGCCGACAGUUUCGGCUCCCUGGUCGUCGUCUUCCCCACCAGCCACGCGGGCGGCACUUCCGUGCUGCGCUGCGGCGACCAAGAGUGGCGCUUCGACUCGGCGCAGGCGCUGUCCGCGGUGAAUCAGCCCGCCAUCGCCUUCCUAGCCUGCGACACCGACGUCCAGCACGAAGUCCUUCCGGUGGAGAGCGGCUACCGCGUUACUUUCACCUAUAUCCUCUCCCUGCCGCCCUCCACCUCCACGGAGCUCAUCCCCGACUGUCCGCUCAGCCAGACCGCCGUCGACACCGAGGCGUUCUUCCGCGACACCCUGACCCGGCUGUUGGCCAAUCCGAAUUUCCUACCGACGGGGGGACUUUUGGGUUUCGGACUGCAGCACCGCUAUCCGCCGCAGGAUGCCGGAAAUCGGAAGACGGCAUUGGAAUCGAUUAUGGAGCAGCUGCGCGGCCGUGACGCCGCGGUGCAGCGAGUGUGCGCGGCGCUGUCGCUGCCCGUCCGCCUCAAGAUCCACACCAGGCCGGGCGAUCAGUAUUAUCCGGACGACGGGGCCGUGUUGACGGAUCAUGUUAUCAAGAUCGAUUAUUACAGUGGCCUGGACGAUCGCAGCCUGCUGGAACAGAUGGCUGCGGAAAACGGGGCGAUUGUCCUGCCGUGGCCCCACGGAAGCGUUCCGGACAACGAUGACAAGACGUGGGAGAAUGCCGCAACCAUGCAGUGGAUUACCGCAUUAACGCAGCAGAAUGUCACCCGGGCGGCGUACGCGAUGGCGGAUGACACGUGUGCCGGGGUGGAGUAUCUGUAUGGAAACAUGUGUCUGGUGGCCGCUGUCGGACCGGCGGGUGACCGGCAAGCGGUGUUCCGGCCCCCGCCGGACGAUCUGCCUGAUGGACGGACCAGCCGGGACUUAUUUGUGCCAUCUUUACGUAAAUAGUUUCGAAUACACUCACUCGACUAAUGUCAGCGAUAACUUCGCUAACACUGGCUUGUUUAACUGUUAGCGAUCUCUCUGGUUCUUUCUGGUACCUGAAUUUAUGGCUUUUAUUUCUCAGUAUUUACAAAGCGAGCUUCGCUCAACAAUGAUAAUCAAGUGAAGAAUUUGUCCCAAUUAACAGGAGAAGGGACCGUGCACAACACAGUGAACACACUCACUCACCUGAAUUUUAUUGUGCUACGUGUUGUAGCGAUAGAAAUUAAGAAUGACCCGCCAGUAGGAGCGAUAACUGUCUUUCUCUACUGUUAAUUGGUCCUGUGGUAUGAAGAUCAGAAUCGUUAUUUUCCUACAUUUUACCGACCGCAUCUCACGGUCAGAAUCAUCGCGAAAUUAGUCUUGCUGCAGCUUGCUCCGAAUUUUGCCCUGUGCUUAGGCACUUCGUUCCGUUUUUCUUGCCCACACUUAUGCGUUCUUGAUCAUCAGAUUGCUUUCCUCGCUGAAUCUUGCU